UCCACAACUCAAGAGCUCCAAGAUUUCUCUGUUUUUGCUCCAUGAAAUGAACCUCUUUGUUCGAUCAAACCCAAGUUUAUGCCUUCACAUUGAUGGAGUUUUAAGGGCUCUUUGCUUUUCCACAGACACAACCGCUAUAUCCCACUCUCUUAACCGUAGGAUCUCUAUGGUGGAAGAUCCGAUGGUCCCUGUUAUUCCAGUUAUAGAAAAAUGGGUUCAAGAAGGCCAAGUGGUUACAAAUAGUGACCUCAAACACUUCAUCAGAAAACUCCGUAAAAUCCAUCGUUUUAGCCACGCUCUUCAGAUAUCACAAUGGAUGAGUGACCAAAGGGGGCAUAAUUUAUCACCCGGAGAUGUUGCAGUUCGACUGGAUUUAAUCUCGAAAGUUCAUGGCUUGGAACAAGCUGUGACAUAUUUUAAUAGCGUUCCUGAGAGUUUGAGAGGCUUGGAGGUUUAUGGUGCUCUUUUAAACUGCUAUGCGCACUAUAAGCAUUUGGAGGAAGCGGAGGCCACAAUGCGAAAAAUGAGGGAGAUGGGGUUUGUAAGAAAUGUGCUGUCUUAUAAUGUAAUGCUAAACCUCUAUUAUCAGAUGGGGAAAUAUGAGAAAAUACAGGUAUUAAUGCAAGAGAUGGAAAAGUGGGGCAUUUGUUUUAGCAAUAUCACAUACAAGAUUUUGUUGAAUGCUUAUGUAGCCACUUCCAACAUUGAGGAAAUCAAGAAAAUUUUAAUGAAGAUGGAAGCAGAUCCUCUUGUCAGCAUUGACUGGUAUGCUUAUGUUGUUGCAGCGAAUGGUUACUUGAAAGCUGGCCUCAUUGAUAAAACUUUGACAAUGUUGUGGAGAUCAGAACAACUAAUCAGUGGUAAGUCAGCAAGGUUUGCUUGUGAAACUCUUCUCUCUUUAUAUACUGCUGUUGGGAAUAAAGAACAAGUGUAUCGUGUGUGGAAUUUGUACAAGACUAAAGGGAGGUCCUUGAACUCGAGCUAUCUUUGCAUGAUAAACUCAUUACUGAAGUUGGAUGAUGUUGAUGGUGCUGAGAGGAUUUGGGAAGAGUGGGUUUCCAUUGUGAAAUUUUUUGAUAUUCGAAUUCCAAAUGUGAUGGUCAGUGCUUAUUCCAAAAAGGGCCUAUGGGAAAAGGCUGAGGCAUUUGUAGGCAAGAUUGUAGCGAGUGGGAUCAAGAUUGAAGCAAGCACAUUGGAUCGUCUAGCAACUGGAUAUCAUGUAAGAGGUCAGAUGCUGAAGGCAUCGGAAACAAUAAAGAAAGCAAUUUCAAUAAGUCAACCAGGUUGGAAGCCAAAUGUGUAUACUUUGGCUGCAUGUCUUGAGUAUUUGAAAGGUCGGGAAGAUGUGAAAAAGAUAGAAGACCCUCUGAAGAUACUUAAGGAACAUUGUCAUCUAUCAUCAGUUUCUUAUGAUAGGUUAAACAGCAGUAUCAUUGACAAAGAAAACCUGUGUGCCAGAGCCCUUGAUCAUAUGGAAGGUGAAGACCAGGCUCUUAAUGGAGAAACACCUGCUGCCACAGAGUUCGAAGACAAAGAUAGUGCUGAAAUAUGAUGUUUUGAGAAGUAAACUGACUGCGAAAGAAUGAUAUCACAAUGGAUGAGUGAUGAAAGGGGCUAUGACCAAUCAACUGGAGUCUUUGCAGUCCGGCUGGACUUAAUUUCAAAAGUUCAUGGUAUGGAACAAGUGCUUGGAAAACGAUUCCAGAUCGUUUUAGGGGUGUCCAGGUUUAUGGUACCCUUUUGGACACGCACACAAAAAGUGCUUGGAAAAUGCAGAGGCCCUGAUGCAGAAGAUGAGGGAGUUGGGAUUUGUACAGGCACGACCUUGUAAUUUUAUUGCUAAGCCUCUAUUCUCAGAUGGGGAAGCAUGAGAAAUUAGAUGCUCUAGUGAAAGAGAUGAAAGAAAAGAGAAUCAAUGGUGACAUGUAUAAACAUUAGGCUGAAUGCUUAUGUAGCCUCUUCCAACAUUGAGGAAAUGGAUAAACUUCUGAACAAGAUGGAAACAGAUCCUCUCAUCAGCAUUGACUGGAAUACUUGUUUUGUUGUGGCAAAUGGUUACCUGAAAGCUGGACUAAUUGAGAAAACUGUUGCAUUGUUGAAGAGAGCUGAGCAAUUAAUCACCCAAACAAGGGGUAACUCAAAAAAGCUUGCUUAUGAGGCUCUCCUUACAAGGAUAUGGUGCUGCUGGGAAUAGAGUAGGAGUAUAUCGUUUAUGGUAGUAGUAGAAGGAUACAGGAGGGUUUUUCAACUCGGGCUAUCAACGAAUGAUAAACUCAUUGAUGAAGUUGGAUGGCUUUGAUUGUGCUGAGGAAAUUUGGAAAGAGUGAGCAUCGAGGAAGACGUCCUUUGACAUUCAAAUUCCAAAUUUGAUGAUUACUGGUUUUUCCAAUAGGGGUCCUUGACGAAAGGCUAAGCCAUUGGUAAAAAAGAUUGUAGUGGGAUGGAGCUUCCUCCAAGCCCUUGGGAUCAUUUGGUAACUGGAUAUCUUUUUGGUGGUGAGAUGGUGAAGGCAGCAGAAACAUUAAAGAAAGCAAUUUCAAUAAGUAAACCAGGAUGGAAGCCAAAUUUUUAUGCAUUGACUACAUGCCUCAGGGUUAAAAAGGUCAGGGAGUUGUCGAAAGAGAAGAAGAGCUUUCGAAGUUAGUCAGGGAACAUUUUCUCUUCUCUCCAGCUAUGUAUGAUAAAUUAAAGCCUUGUACUAAAAAAGGAAACUUCCAUGCCAGAGCACUUGAUCUGGAAGGUGAUGGUCAGACUCUUAAUGGAACACCUGCUUUCUCCGAGGUUAAAGAUAAUGACAGCGCUGAAUUAUGAUGCAUGAUUUCUGGUAAAAGGUGAAAAAUAUUUUCUAUUGCAGCAAUUAUCUGGUAUUCAACUGCCUAUGAAAUUCAGGAUUGGGAGUUUUUUAUAACUUCUCUAGUGGGGCAUUCUUUUUUAUACAUAAUGCAGCAAGAUUUGUGUCGGACUUGAAGUUGUGACAUCAGUUUUAGUUUGUCGAGAAAUAUAAUGGAAAAUUUAAAACCUUAUAAUGCA